UUGCCUCCCAAUCCAAACUCUCUUUCACAAACACAGAUCACAAAUCAACAACAAUGUCUCUCCACCUAGCCCUCCACCCUCCUUCCUCUCUCACUCUCCUCAAUCCAUCUCACAGAUUCCGCUGCUUCUCUCCUAAACCCCACUCUCUCUCCUUCUCUUCAAGCCCCAGGCGCGCCGCCUUCUCCAUUCGCUCCUCAUCCGAUAAUCCUGCCUACGUGGACGAAUGGGGAGACAAAUCGGAGCCCGAGCCCGAGCCCGUCUCCAGAUUCUCGGCCGCCGAUCCGCCCAAGGACGACGACGAGUGGGGAGGAGGAGCUGAAUUGGGGAAUGGAACCCCGGCUGCUGCCGACGGUGACGGGAAGCUCUGGGAGCUUAAACGGGCUCUCGUGGAUACUGUUUACGGCUCGGAUUCUGGGUUUCGGGCUUCGGCGGAAGUUCGGGCUGAGGCGCUUGAGCUUGUUACUCAGUUGGAGGCUGCUAAUCCAACUCCCGCGCCUACGGAAAGCCCUGAUUUGCUCGAUGGGGAUUGGAUAUUAGUGUACACAGCCUAUUCUGAAUUAUUGCCUCUACUAGCGGCAGGCAGUAUUCCGCUUUUGAAAGUUGAAGAGAUAAGCCAAUCUAUUGACUCGAGCAGCCUUACCAUUGAAAAUUCAACCACAUUAUCGAGUCCUGUUUCCACCAUAUCGUUUAGUGCUAUAGCAUCCUUUGAAGUUCGGAGCCCAUCAAGAAUACAAGUUGAAUUUAAAGAAGGGAAAUUCAAGCCUCCAGAGAUCAAGUCAAGUAUAGAUCUUCCCGAAAGUGUCAAUAUUUUUGGGCAGAACAUAAAUUUAUCGCCAGUACAGCAGUCUCUGAACCCACUUCAAAAUGCUAUCGAGGGAAUUGCACGCACCGUCUCUGGCCAGCCUCCCCUUAGCGUACGCAUUCCCGGUGAACGAACAAAAUCAUGGCUUAUGAUUACAUACCUUGACGAAGAUUUCCGUAUAUCAAGAGGAGAUGGUGGCCUUUUUGUGCUUGUGAAGAAAGGAAGUUCACUUUUGGAUUAGCACCUAUCAUAUGGGAGGCAGAUUUGUUGUGUGUAUAUAUCUUUAUACAUAAAUCAGCAUUUCCGUUGCUAUUGAUGAUGUGAUUUUUUGCAAAUACACAUCGCAUUACGAUGUUUGCAGCUAUCUUUAGACUUGAGGCAUAUGCAGAUUCAACUGAAAAAUUGUCUGCUGCCCGAAACUGUGCACAUUGAAAUUCUAGUAACAUUAUUAUCAUACUUAUGUCUAUUCUGUGUUUCUGUAGUUCAAUAUAUAUUCCUGUUCGUUUCU